AUGAAGGUAAGAGGUGAUGCAGGGGAGGAGGAGGAGGAGGAAGAGGAGGAGAAGGAUGAAGAUGAAGCCCCAGAAGAGGUGACGUUCGCCAGCGCCCAAGCGGAGGCCAAAGAAGACGAGCGGCGCCUGCAGGACGCUUUGCGCAGGGACAAGGAGCUCCUGAAAGAGAAAAAGAAGCGGCGGGAGGAGCUGUUCGCGGAGCUGAAGAAAAGAAAACUACUUCCAGCCACUCUUCUAGAGGAAUUAACUACAGCUCCCCAGGAUAAAAUAAAUGAAUCAUUACCCAGACUGCAAAAAGGUAACACAGAAAAUGAGAACAAAGGAAAAAAAGAAGAAAAAAAGUUCCCUACACGAGUAAAGAAAAGGUAUGUGGCCUGUAGAUUAAAGGACCAAGAUCUGAUAGAAAGGCAGCAAGCAGCCAAAGGCUUCAUACAGAAGUAUUUAUGUGGUCGAGGGAGCAACAGAACUACUGUAAACACAUUUCUUUCCCUUGACAACAAGAGAUUGUCAGUUAAAAAAUCUGCCAUGCAAUUUGUGAAUAAUAAUUGGGGAGCAGAAAGAAAACAAAGUGCUAAGAAGUUCAAAAAACGGUGGAUGCAUAAAAAGAAGAUAGCUUCCAGAAAACCAAAUAUUAUUUAAGUUCCCCUGUUAAAAAAUCAUGCAGAAUUAAACCUGUUGAUUUUAGAA